AUGUCAGAUGCGUUCGAUGUGGACAGCAUUCGGGCGUCUAUUCCCAGUUUGCGGGAUACUCUAGAGUUGGAUUCCAUGAAAGACAUUCUAGAUGAGCUAGGAGGUACUAUGGAAGUGGAUGAAAGCACCCAAUAUCCCGAGAUUGCCGACGUUAGCAUGCAAGACAUCCCUAUUGACCACGAGCCCGAAAUGGUGGUGCCGAAACCUCAGCAUUCGUCAGAGCCUGUAGCGGACGGGGUAAUAACAUCUGCUAUGGAUCAAAAAACUAGUCCUGAGCCGGAGCAUGAUGAAUCAAUGUCUCUGGCGCCAGCCAUUUUGUCUCCGACCCGACUAGGUGCUCAACAGGCACUCGAUUCGCCCGUGGUAGAAAUCAAGAUGCCCAUUCCAGCUCCUUGGCACCACAAUUUACCGUACACGUUGAGCACAUACUUACAGUUGGUGUUCAAUGCAGGGCUUUUGGUGCUAAGUGUUAUGCUCGUUCGAUCAUUCAAGUCCGAUGUAGACAAAAGGGUGAGCGAGACAGCGGCCACUAUUGCCCGUAAAGCAGCCCAGUGUGCAGAAUUGUACAUCCAAAAUGAAUGCCGUCCUGGAUUAAGGCGGCCGGCUCUCGAGGAUUAUUGUGAGGAGCUUGAAGAGUGCAUGGAAAAAGAUCCUGAGGGUGUCAAGAGAAUGAGCGCCCAUGCCGCAACGCUAGCCGAAUUUAUCAACGAGUUUUUGAACCCGCUUUCAUUCAAAGCCAUUUUCUUAAUGGUUUCACUUGGGCUAGCCGUUGCGUUUGUUGCUAACUACUUAUUUGGCUUUGUGAGGGCGAAAGCGUACUAUGGCCCGACUCACCCUCCGCAUCAAAUCUCCGAAGCUAGUUAUCGCCUUUCUGCGAAGAGGGGGAAUAUUUGGAAACAGGAUUAG